AUGACGACGGACCUUCCAGAGGAUUUAUUAGAGAAUAUACUCUGUCGUGUUCCGGCUACAUCUCUGAAACGGUUUCGAUCUGCUUGCAAACGAUGGAACCGUUUAUUCAACGACAAGAGAUUCGCAACAAAGCACUUUGAUAAAGCGGCUAAACAGUUUAUGUUUCUCAUCAUGUUGAAAAAGAAACUUAGGUUUCGCGUAGUCGACACUCGUUCUACUUUAGGUCAAUUCGAGAUUUUUCGAGUCUCUCACUGCUACGGCUUAUUGUUAUGCACCAACAAAGACAACAUAAGAAUAGUGGUUUGGAACCCUUGUACUGGCCAAACCAAGUGGAUCCAAACCAAAACCCAUCACAGUGGAGAAGAAGCCACAUUUACUCUUGGAUCCUACCAAGAAGACAACAAAUCUGGCAAUAUUAGCUACAAAAUACUGAGAUACGACAAUGGUGAUAACUACAACCCGGAGUUUGAAAUCUAUGAUCUUAAUUCUAACUCAUGGAGGAUUCUUUACGACAGUCCUGGUAGCCACUUAACUAGGGACGGUGUGUUUUUGAAGGGAAAGACUUAUUGGAUAGCUCUUGAUGACAUAGGGGAUCGUCCAGAGGAAGCCUUGUUAGUCAGUUUUGACUAUACAACUGAGAGAUUUGGAACUAUGCGUCUUCCCUAUCUAUAUGGUUGUGAGAGUUUGUCUCUAUCAGUUGUUAGAGAAGAGAAACUUUCGGUGCUAUUACAACGCACAAAUCCACUGUGGACAGAGAUAUGGGUAAUAAAUACGAUUGGUGAGUGGAGCAAGGUCUUAACAGUUGAUUACCCUCAAUUUACGGGUGAUGGUUUGUCCACCGUAAGUUUCUUAGUCGAUGAGGAGAAGGAAAAAAUCGUGUGCUGUGAGAAACGUUGUCUAUUUGUAAGCAUCGAUAUCGAACAUAUAGAUAUAGUAUACACUACUGAGGAGGAUGAUAAAGUCACAGAAGUGGGUUUUGUAGAAGCUACACAUGGUCCAAUGAUUCAUAAUUAUGUUCCAAGUUUGGUUCAAAUCCAGUGA